AGCAGCGUGGGGCGCAGGCGGCGGCGGCGGAGCAGGCGGUGCGGGCCGUGGUGCUGGUGCCCUCCAAGGAGCUGGGGCUGCAGGUGGUGCACAGCCUGCGCUGCAUGGCUGCUUUCUGCGCCCGCGAGCUGCGUGUGGUCGACGUCUGCGCUCACGGCGACGCGGCGGCGCUGAGGCCGGUGCUGAUGGAGAAGCCGGACGUGGUGGUGGGAACCCCGGCGCGGCUGCUGGCGCAGCUCAACGCCCGCGGCCUGGAGCUCAGGCGCUCCUUGGAGCUGCUGGUGCUGGAUGAGGCCGACCUGCUGCUCUCCUUCGGCUUCGGGGAGGAUCUCAAGGCGCUGCU